UCGCCGCCAUAGGGUUCAUUGAUACAGCCUUGAUGUGGUUUGGAGCCAGGGUUGGUUUCCAGGGCGUCUCAUUUACGCUUCUAUGUUCAUACCUCUUCUACCCACUCACCUACCUGAUGGGUUUCUCGAGUUCGGAUCUGUUCAAGAUGGGGGAACUCCUGGGGAUCAAGAUAUUCGCAAAUUCAUUUGUGGGAUUUCGUGAGUUUGGUAAACUGGUGCUGAACCGUGUGGAUCUGGAGGAGUAUGUGACGUCAUCAAACGGAAGCUGGCACUGGGAGGGAGCUGACAUCAUUCUGGAUUCGACCAAUAAAACUCUGCAUGGAGGAAUUCUCACAAAGCGUUCAGAGGUUAUUGGCACCUAUGCCUUGUGUGGUCUGAACCAUCUCGGUGCUGUUGGCGUCACUAUGGGCAUCCUCAAUACUCUGGCUCCAAGCAGGAAGGAUGUCAUCAGCAAGUAUGUCGUCAGAGCGAAUAUUGCUGGACAGAUGGCCUGCUUCAUGACAGCGUGCAUUGCAGGGAUGCUGUUCAAUCAGGACAGUGGAUAGCAGUAAGAU